GCCUUCAUUUAAGCGCUUGGAAACGAUCCGAGGCGAUGUAUUCAAACCCUCCUCCGAGCGGGAAAUUUGCCGCCAUCCAACACCAAUCUGCGAGUGAGGGAAGGAGGGGGCGGGAAUGUUCGUUUGAGGAGGGCAGGCUUUCCAACAUUACUAACGCUCCCCCACUACCUUCAUUUCAGCAUCUGAGGCAAAUACUUCAAAAUUCACUCAUUGGACAUGAUAGAAUUCACUGGAAAAUAAGUGCAAAGACAGAGGGGGGGAAUCAGCUGCCAGAGCUCAGAAAGUAUCUGAAGUCCGUCGGAAGAAAAAAGGAUUUAUCUCUGGCGUUCAGAACUCGGAGGGAUAUGGCUGGCGUUCUCCACAAGCUCACAGCAUGCAUCCCCUGCGUGUGGAUUUUCCUCAUGCUUUUCAACCCCAGCUUGCAAACCAGGGCUGUAACAGGUCACAGAGAACCCAUUCCCGAUGACAGCAAAGACAACAUCACCAUCUUCACCCGGAUCUUGGACCGCUUGCUGGAUGGUUACGACAACAGAUUGCGCCCCGGACUAGGAGAAAGUGUGACUGAGGUGAGGACAAACAUCUAUGUGACAAGCUUCGGGCCAGUGUCGGACACCGAUAUGGAAUACACGAUUGAUGUGUUCUUCCGGCAAAGUUGGCGGGAUGAGAGACUGAAGUUUGAUGGGCCUAUGCAGGUUCUCCCACUUAACAACUUGCUCGCCAGCAAGAUCUGGACUCCAGAUACUUUCUUCCACAAUGGCAAGAAGUCAGUAGCCCACAAUAUGACUACACCCAAUAAACUCCUGCGGCUGGUAGACAACGGAACUCUUCUCUACACAAUGAGAUUAACCAUCCAUGCUGAGUGUCCUAUGCAUCUGGAGGAUUUUCCUAUGGAUGCCCAUGCCUGCCCGCUAAAGUUUGGAAGCUAUGCCUACACCAACAACGAGGUUGUAUACAUCUGGACAGCAGAUGAUGAGAAAUCUGUUUCUGUGGCUCCUGAUGGUUCUAGACUCAACCAGUAUGACCUGUUGGGACAUGUCAUUGGCAAAGAGACCAUCAGCUCCAGUACAGGAGAAUAUGUGGUGAUGACAACGUAUUUCCAUUUGAAAAGGAAAAUUGGCUACUUCGUGAUCCAAACUUAUCUCCCUUGCAUAAUGACAGUCAUUCUGUCUCAGGUCUCCUUCUGGUUGAACCGGGAGUCCGUUCCAGCACGUACCGUCUUCGGUGUCACAACUGUCCUGACCAUGACGACACUGAGCAUAAGUGCCCGGAACUCACUUCCCAAGGUGGCCUAUGCAACAGCUAUGGACUGGUUUAUGGCAGUGUGCUAUGCUUUUGUCUUCUCUGCUCUCAUUGAGUUUGCCACUGUCAACUACUUCACAAAGCGCAGCUGGGCGUGGGAUGGUCAGAAGGAGGCUCAGGAGAUGCGGAGGCGAGAGUCGUCUUCUUUCUCCAAGAAGACCAACAAUACUUUCAACAUUGUGGGAACCACCUACAGCAUGAGUGUAACCAAAGAUCCCGGACUGACAACCGUCUCCAAGAGUGCCACAUCCACGUCCACCCCAUCCCAGCAGGUCCGAGAGAUACGGCUGCCCAAAAUGGAUGGUGAAUAUGUGCCAGAGGGAAGGAAGUCCUACAAUCGUGUCAGCAAAGUGGACAAGAUCUCUCGUAUCAUCUUUCCAGUGCUCUUCUUCAUCUUCAACCUGGGUUACUGGGCCACUUACGUCAACAGAAAGCCAACCAUCAACCGGUCCAGCCCACAGAAAUGAAACUGGAAUCCAGAAACAAAUAAAUAAACUGCCAGUCCAGUCUUAAUUAGCAACAUGAUGCUACUGCUACUGUGUUCAUUUUCUUUUUUUAAGCAACCAUGUAGAUACACAGCUAGUUAGUAAUUUGUUUGUUUGUUAGUAUGUUUGUUUGUUUUGUUACGUGUCAUUUUAUGUGUUGCAUGAGUAAAGUAUGACAGUAUUGCUGGUCUUGUACAGAUGGCCAUCAUGAACCCACUAAACCCCAUCCCCCACUCCGAACUAUCGGAGUCUAUCAUCAGAAGAAAAACAUCAGUCACUAUUGGCUUUCAGUCACCAUUGGCAAGAACCUGCAGCCUUUCAGCAGUCAGUAGUGAUGUCCUUAGGUGCAUCAUUACUGACUGUCUGUUCUUUGACUCUUGGCAAACCCAGAGUAUUAUGUCAGUAGUGUCAUCUAGAUAUGUUUACAUCCCCAUGGGUCUAUCAGUGCAUUUUAUCGUCUAGUGACUCUUAUUGUUUAAACAGCCUGAGUAGGCUCCAAGAAAAAGAAACUGUGUGCCUUUUUAAUCACUCGCCAUAGAGAUGAAUAGUUUGGCACAUGCUGACAUUGUCUUUAAGUUUACGCCUGCCUAAAGAAAACAUCAGAGUUGAUUGAACUCUCACAGGGUGGUAUUAAACUCAGAGCUGUCCUGCAUGCGAGUUGAUUUAGUGCUGACGGCUGACUGUAAGGCACUGAGCCAGACAACGCUGCUUUGUUUGAGGCCAGUAUGAGCAGUGUGGAUCAGACCCUCAUCUGAGGAUAUGAAACGCUAAGAAACAUUUCAGUUGUGAAGAAUAUAAAGGCUGCAUCUGAGAUUUGGGCCAAUGCCACACAGGAUAAACAUGCAUUUCCAUUACAUCACACUGAAGUGUUGGUGAUUUUGGUAGAUCAUUACACUGGUGAUUUGUGUGUGUGUGUGUGUGUGUGUUGGACAAUACAGUAGUCAUGUUUGUGAAUGCACUAUUUCUAUUAAUAUUGAUAUUUUGGCAAUUGCAAGCCAAUUUCAUAAUUUCCUGUGUGUAAAAUUUCAUGCAAAAUUCAGUUAGUGUUUUUAAACAUAUAUUUAAGAUAAUAUGAGAACAUGCACUCAACAUGGAUGUGUGCAUAUUUAUGUGUUGUUAUCCCCAUUGUUCCCUUAUGAAUUUGAUUAUUUAUUAAUUUUUUCUUAUAGUUUGUUACAUUUUAUUAUGCAUCUCGUUUUGGAACAACAAUCUUUUUUGCAUUCACUUAGAAAGUGCCAGGUUUACAUGUGAAUUUAAAUAGAGACAUUUUUGUAGAUAAACUUAAAAGUUGCGUAAAGUAUGUACUUAUGUGACAGCAAGCUAUAUUAAGCAAAAAAACAUUACCUUUGCCAUUUCAUCAGGUCAUUUCAAGAACAGUGUACACUAACAGUUGUUGUUGUUGUUGUUUGUUUUGUUUUUAUCAAACGCUAUGACCGAAUUCUCAAUACUUGGGUCACUUUUUCUAAACUCUUCACACAGUUCUGCUAACCGGCUUUCUGUCUGUAACAUUAGCAAAUUUCACAUCCAAAAUGCAGUAAAAAUACCAAAAAACAUCAUGCAUGUCUCAAAUGGUUUCAUUUUUACAUAAAUCCUUCAAAGGUUGACAUCCAACCAACAUACUUUGUCACUCAUAAAAAUACAAUGUCCAUGUUUACAGUUUUUCAGUAUUGUAUUUUGUGCCAAAGCAAUGAAAAAAUUACCCACGUUUUAGCCGGCAGACUGCUAUUGUGUUUACUGUGUGAAAAGUGAUUUAAGUAUGGAGAAAUUGGUCCUACCGAUUAUAUAUAUAUAUAUAGGU